AGUGCCUGUGCCAUAACAACACCACAGCUCCUCUAAAGUUGUGGGCGUAUUUUCAGUGAACGCAACAAUUUGGGAACUCUUCCAUCUCCCGUGUCACUUCAGUAACAUCGCGGAUAGUACAGUCAAGCAGUGGCACUACUUCACAAACCAACAUUCCCCUAGGUUUGAGGCUUAUGGACAAUAUGAAGUGUAGUGAUGGCAAAAAGGGGUAAAUCCGUGGUGAGGACCCUGGAGGAUUUGACGCUGGAUUCGGGUUACGGAGGAGCCGCGGACUCCUUCAGGUCAUCGAGCUUGUCUCUGUGCUGCUCCGAGGCGCACAUCUCGUAUGCGCAUGGAGGGCACAGCUGGCGUCUGACCGACUCCAUGCACAGUCGACACAACAGCCUAGACACCGUCAACACCGUCCUGGCCGAAGACGGCGAGACCCUGGAGUGUUCCGGACACUGUGCGAAACUUCCCGAGCUUGAGGAUGUGCCCUGGAGCCUCGGGGAGGUGGAGAGCGCGCUCAACAAGGAGGAAGAGUUGAGGUUCGGGACAGUGUCCGCGGAUCUGUUGACGCGGCUCUCCGCGCUCGUAAGCCGCGCGCUGGUAAGGAUCGCCAGGGAAGCGCAGCGGCUCAGUUUGCGCUACGGCAAAUGCACCAAAUAUGAGAUUCAAAGUGCCAUCAAGAUGAUCCUGUCGUGGACCAUCUCGGUAAACUGCAUCGCCGCGGCGCUCAGCGCGCUCUCCAUGUACAACAUGAGCACCGAGGAUAAAUUCAGCCGCGGGAAAUCGGAGAGAUGCGGCUUGGUGUUUUCCGUGGGGAAGUUCUUCAGGUGGAUGGUGGACAGCAGGGUCGCGGUGCGCAUCCACGAGCACGCGGCCAUAUACCUGACCGCCUGUAUGGAGAGCCUCUUCCGUGAGGUCUUCACUCGGGUGCUGAAUAGCUCGGUGGUGGAGAAAGAUAACGGGGUCCCCAAAUUUACAUUGGAGACAUUUGAGCAGGCUCUGAACAAUGAUUCAGAGCUGUACGGCCUCCUUUUGCCCUAUCAGCAUCUAAUAUGUGGGAAAAAUGCCAAUGGAAUCCUCAGUUUGCCGGAUAGUUUGAGCCUGCACAGGAACCAGCAGCGGUCUGGUAAAACUGGAGAUGCCUAUAGUCAGUCCGAGCAGCGUACUAUUGAACAAUCCCUGCUGGCCACUCGUGUGGGGAGCAUCGCUGAACUUAGUGAUCUAGUGUCCAGAGGCAUGUAUCACCUCCAGCCUCUGAGCAUAAAGAACCACAGCAAUGGCACCCCGAUCCCCCAGAAGAGCAGUUCGAUCCACUGGGAGCCUGAGGCUUUAUAUACUCUCUGCUACUUUAUGCACUGCCCUCAAAUGGAGUGGGAGAAUCCCAAUGUAGAGCCCUCUAAAGUCACAUUACAGACAGAGAGGCCAUUUUUAGUACUGCCUCCUCUGAUGGAGUGGAUACGAGUGGCUUUGGCACAUGCUGAACACCGCCGCAGCUUUUCAGUGGAUAGCGAUGAUGUUCGGCAGGCAGCCAGACUCCUGCUGCCCGGGGUAGACUGUGAACCUCGCCAGCUGAAGACGGAUGACUGUUUCUGUAUGUCACGUAAGCUGGAUGCUGCCUCAACAGAGGCCAAGUUUCUGCAGGACUUGGGCUUUCGGAUGCUCAACUGCGGCCGGACCGACCUUGUCAACCAAGCCACCAACUUAUUGGGGCCAGGUGGGAUUAACAGCUUGAGCGAACAGGGCAUGACACCUUUGAUGUAUGCUUGUGUUCGCGGGGAUGAAGCCAUGGUUCAGAUGCUGCUAGACGCUGGAGCUGACAUCAACAGUGAGGUGCCAAACACAGUGCACAAGUUCCCCUCAAUCUUCCCAGAGACCCGGCAGUCCACGGCUCUCACCUUCGCUGUGCUCCACCAGCACAUCCCUGUGGUGCAGCUUUUACUUGAUGCUGGAGCAAAUGUCGAGGGCUCUCUUCAGGAAGGGAUGGAGAACUACACUGAAACGCCUUUGCAGUUAGCUUCCGCCGCAGGAAACUUUGAGCUGGUCAGUCUGCUUUUGGAGAGAGGAGCGGACCCCAUGGUUGGAACCAUGUACCGCAACGGCAUCUCCACUGCACCACACGGGGACAUGAACUCCUACAGCCUGGCAGCAGCACACGGCCACCGGAAUGUGUUCUGUAAGCUGCUGUCGCAGUCGGAUAAAGGAAAGGCGGAUGUGCUUUCGCUGCAGGAGAUCUUAGCUGAAGGUUCAGAUAUGGAGGAAGGGAAUUCCCUGAAGAGGGAAGCAACCCGCACGGGGAAGGCCAAACUCAAAGCUCUGAGAGAGGCAAUGUAUCAUAGCUCUGAACAUGGCUACGUUGACAUCACACUGGAUAUAAGAAGCUUAGGGGUGCCCUGGACACUGCACACCUGGAUGGAGUCGCUGCGAACUUGUUUUUUGCAGCAUCGACGGCCUUUGAUUCAAGGGCUUCUGAAGGAAUUCAGCACUAUUGAAGAGGAGGAGUACACAGAGGAGCUUAUAACACACGGCCUCCCACUCAUGUUUCAGAUCCUGCGCGCAAGCAAGAAUGAAGUGAUUAGUCAGCAGCUGGCCGUAAUAUUCACUCAGUGCUACGGGCCGUAUCCCAUCCCCAAACUGACGGAGAUCAAAAGGAAACAGACAUCAAGGCUGGAUCCUCAUUUUCUCAACAAUAAAGAGAUGUCAGAUGUGACCUUCCUGGUGGAGGGAAAGCCAUUCUAUGCUCAUAAAGUUUUGCUCUUCACUGCCUCCAACAGGUUUAAACUGCUUUUAGCAAACAGACCAGCUGCAGAGAACACCUGUAUCGAGAUCAGCAACGUCAAAUAUAAUGUAUUUCAGCUGGUGAUGCAGUAUUUGUACUGUGGUGGAACAGAUGCACUACACAUCAGAAACACUGAGGUUAUGGAUCUCCUCUCUGCAUCCAAGUUCUUCCAACUGGAAGCAUUACAGAGACACUGUGAGAUCAUCUGUGCCAAAAACAUCAACACAGAAACCUGUGUGGAGAUCUACAACCAUGCUAAGUUUCUGGAGGUACCUGAGCUUUCAGCCUACAUCGAGGGCUACUUUCUGAAGAACAUGGCGGUUCUCAUAGAGUUGGAGCCGUUUAAGCAGUUGCUCUAUAACGCCCCGGUGGACAACUGCUGCCCCGAUGUGCUACAUGACUUGGAGAAGACCCUGGCCACACGCAUUCGCUCCAUUCAUCUCUCGUCCUCCAAAGGAUCCAUUGUCUAAAACUGUCUGCGGUCCACAUCAAAGCAUGCAGCGAUCUCAAUGCGGGCACACUAAAUGUGUCUAUAUGUGUUCAUGUAGUGGCAGUAGCAAUGCACUGCACUUUGUCUAUGACUGGUGUCUAAGUGCUGGCCAAUAAACUUGACCUGUGCUUUAGGGUACAGCCAUAUAGGAAAUGAUGCCAUUGUAUAUUUCCUCUUAAAAUGACAUAAUACCUCUGCCAUUGUUUUGUUGGAUGCAGUACUAAUUUUUUUUUGAAACGAUGUAGUUUCAGUUACUAAAACAAAAUGGAGAUGUUACAGCAGCAGUAACACUGUGGAAACGAAAAAGUUGUAUAGCAAAGCAGGUGGCACCUUUUUGGUACAGAGCAUUGUGGUACACGGGUGUUGAUAUAGCAAACAUGAUUCACUGUUAGCACUGAUUAUAAAUGUUCCUAGAUUUAUACUUUCUGCCUCACAGUUGUACAGAUAUUGCUCCUAUCAUAAGUAACCACAUGUAAAAGGGGGCAGAGAAUGUGACUGCCAAUGUAAAUAUCCACUCGAGAUUGAUCUCCAGCUGUAAGUAAAUGUAUAUAGAAACGACAUCAUCUUAGGACUUCCAUCGAGAACUGACAAUAAUGUACAAUAGACGUGUUCUUGAAGUCUCGUUCACUGUUGUAAAUGUAGAUGAGCAUGUAAGUAUUUUCCAGCUUGGGUUUUGUUUCUGUCAUGUCUUGCAUUGACUUUACACUUUUACGUGUGUAGGGGGGUCUCUUUUGUGUGAGAAGGUGAACUAUUAUCAGCAUGGAGUUGCAGAACCGUAGCUGUGAAACCCCCGGAUAAGCGACUGAUUCAGAAUGUGCCUGCAAUGUUCUGACGUCUCUAAUGACAUUUGUGUAAAGUCACUCGAUCAGUGACUAAAUCAGUGUUCUUUAUAAAGAUUAUUACAAAAUA